AGUCCAGCAUGGCUGACUCGCAGUUGAUGCUGAAGCGGGGUCCUUUCCGCUCCACGUGGCUGCGUGCCCGCAAGACUCGGACACAGCUCGUUCUCAGCCGCCGGCCCCGCCGCCGGCUCGGGACCCUGCGCUGGUGCGGCCGGAGGCGCCUGCGGCGGCGGCUGCUGCAGGCUCAGGCAGCCGGCGCGGACUGGCGGGAGAGCGGCUGCCUGGUGUCGCGCGCGGCGACCCGGAGGCCCAAGAGCGCGGCCCCCAGCCGGGCUCCGGCCGCAGCCCCCGCCCCGAGCGGCCCCGCGAGCCUCCCCAUACCGCCGGUGCGGCCAGCCGGCCCGGGCCGCGCACUGGUGCUGCUGCCGCUGGAGCAGGGUUUUACUUUUAGCGGGAUCUGUCGUGUGACUUGCCUCUAUGGCCAGGUGCAAGUGCUUGGCUUCACCAUCGGCCAAGGCCAGCCUGCCCAAGAGGUCUUCUCUGCCUACACGCACUCGCGCUUGACUAUCAAUGCCGUUCAUUAUUCCAUGCCUGAGAAAAGCAAGAAGGAGAUGAAAAGGGAAGCCCGAGCUCUGCUCAGAUCUCAUCUUAAUCGGGAUGACAGAUGUUGGUUGAUGAAGAAUUUUUCUCCUCUGUGUUCCAUUGUGAUGCUAGAACAACUGAAAACCUCCACUGUGAACUUCCUAGUCAGCCAUCCAGGGUUAUCUUACGUUUUCGUACAAGAGAGUCCAACCUUCCAGAUUAACUCUGAACAUUUAGCCCUGAGGUCUGUUGGCAUUAGAAGAGAGAAGAAGAAAAACGGCCUUCGUUUGACAGAGAGUGCCCUGUCGGCCAUGGAGGAGUUGGUCACCGUGUCCUGUGAAGAAGUAGAUGGCUGCCCUGUCAUUCUCGUUUGUGGCUCUCAAGACGUUGGAAAGUCAACAUUUAAUAGAUACCUCAUUAACCAGUUGUUAAACAGUAUUUCCUGCGUUGACUAUUUGGAAUGUGACCUGGGACAGACAGAAUUUACACCUCCAGGUUGCAUUUCUUUACUUAAUAUUACGGAGCCAGUUCUAGGACCACCUUUCACCCACCAGAGGACACCACAGAAAAUGGUGUAUUAUGGGAAGCCGUCUUGUAAAAACAACUAUGAGAAUUACAUUGAGAUAAUAAAGUAUGUGUUCAGUUCCUACAAGAGGGAGUCCCCUCUCAUCGUCAACACCAUGGGCUGGGUGUCAGACAAAGGGCUUCUGCUUCUCAUCGAUCUCAUCCGGCUGCUGUCUCCCAGCCACGUCGUGCAGUUCAGCUCUGGCCGGAGCAAGUACAUGCCGAACCUGACCCCUGACUACGUGGACGACAUGGAUGGCCUGUACACUAAGAGCAAGUCCAGAGUCCGCAACAGAGGUUUCCAGCUGGCGGAGUUCACGGAGAGUUUGGAGUUUGCCGACGAAGAAAAGGAGAGUCCAGUUGUGUUCACUGGACAUAAACUGAUGUGUGUCCAGUCGGACUUUGCGUUUAGGAAAACUCCAAGAAACAGAGAGUCCCACAACAAGGUUCUUCGGGAUUUGGCGGUACUCGGUUACCUUGGCCAGCUGCAGCCUCCCGUGCCAAAACCGCUGUGUCCCUUACAUGGCCUGACGCCCUAUCAGGUCCCUUUCAAUGCGGUUGCGCUCCGGAUUAUUCACGCUGAUGUCGCUCCCACCCAUAUACUAUACGCUGUGAAUGCCAGCUGGGUUGGUCUUUGCAAGAUCCUGGAUGAUGUCAGAGGAUACGCAAAUGGGCCCAUCCUACUCGCCCAGACUCCAAUCUGUGAUUGUUUGGGGUUUGGAAUUUGUAGAGGGAUCGACAUGGAGAAGAGACUUUACCACAUCCUCACUCCUGUGCCCCCAGAGGAGCUGAGAAAUGUCAAUUGUCUGCUGGUCGGGGCCAUUUCCAUUCCACAGUGUGUCUUCAAGAGCCAGCGCGGGCUGGAGGGGACGAUACCUUACAUCACCACCGAUUAUAACUGUAAACUUCCUGGAGCAUCUGAGAAGAUUGGAGGGAGAGAAACCGAGGAGACGCGUGAAGAGAAAGUGCACCCAAAACCCAAACUCUACCGAAAAAUAAACUGAUGCUGACAUCGUCAGUGAGGGAAGGCGCUUUUCCCGGGAAAGCGGACCUCGUCUCCAGCCUGACGCCGGACUGAUGGUGGUGGCGGGGAGUGGCGCGCAUCUGUGGCAGACGGUGUCUCCUGUGCAACUCGUGGAUCUGGAGUCAAUUUAACUCUUUUGAAAGCUGCGUGACCUCGAGUUUUGCCCUAGUGUUCUGUGUGCUGCUUCGUACUUUCUGUCUGUUUUAUUUUCUAAAGGGUCAAAGCAGCAGGGAGAAGUUUGUACACCAUUAAAACAGAACACAGUCGGUUCCUCACAAAGCCCUUCAAAGACCUGGUUGUUGGAAUCCGAAUAAAAAUAGGGAAACGGGGGCCACAAAAAUGUACCAAAGAGGAAGGAAGGCUGGCCAGUGGGUUCGCAAGCAUAACAGGAUGCGGGGGCUCCCCUGGUCCUUGCCCGGCGAUGGCUGACAGGCAGGGGGUCCCGGCGGCAGGGUCUGCCUGUGGACGGUUGCCACAGGGGGGUCACGCUCAUCCCCUGCUCCUCUGAUGCCGUCCACACCCUCGUUCAUUCCCGUGGUCCAGUGUUCAAAGGUGUCCUUUGGUCUGUUCAGUGUAAUCAGGGUUUCGUAGAUAAAACGAUUGGACUCAAGAGUCAUUCAUCUUUUGUUUUUUCCCUCACCUGAUGACUUUAUGCUGAAAAAAUUGCUCUCAAACCCAGGACACCUUUCCUAGGGUCUCUUUAGAACCAGCUCGGUCCUCACUGACCUCUCGUCUUACUCUGAGGACGCACGUAGGCUGCCCUGGCACCGGGCUGUUUGGAAGAAGGACCAUCAGAGCAGCGCCUGGAAAGCCCCCUCUUGCCUUUGACGUCUGAACCGGACGGAACUUGCACCUGCGGACGACCUGGUUCCACUUAGCACUUUCUCUGUGGGGUUGGGUGUGGGGGGGGCGGCUUCAGGAGGCUGGGGGUGAUGCUGUUCUCCCGGAUGGCUUUGAGGGAAAUAGGGGAAACCCGUUCUUCAUCUUCUCUCUGGUUGUCACAAUUCUUGACCCUCCAGGGUCAGAGUGAUUUCAGGAAACAAGAACCUUAGGCGGGGUCACGUCAUUUGUCCAUUUAAAUCUGUGAGAGUCAUACCAAGGUAGCGUUUCACACUCGUGGAUUCAGCUUCCUACAGGCCACGUGGAAGGCUGGUUACUCGGAUGUGGGUUUUAACAUCCGUGUUCAUUUAAACGGUUGGUUAUUGUCCUGAUUCUUCAGGUGACCCCUCAGCGUCUCAGAGACCCAUUUUCCCACGUUCUCCCUGGAGCUCUGCCACCCCCCCCAGGGUUGGUUUCAACUCCCUAGAGACUGUUUAAGGUCUAACUUCAUUGUGUCUUGUUUAUAUUUAAAUUUACCUUGUGCCUGUUUUCUGUCUUGGUCUUGCCAAAAUUUUGACAAUCUGCCACCCUCCUUCCCUAGUUCCUUGAGUCUUCACAGUGACUCUCUGGGAGACACACAGUGACACACUCUAGGUUCCCGCUGCAGGUCUCAGGAGCAACGUAGGUGGUGCCCCCGGCAAUCCGGUCCAGGCAGGCUUGCCUUGGGCCUAAUUUCCUCCUCCCCUCAAGGGUUGUGCCAGGGGAGGAGGCAGGCCUUGUCACUAGAGGGAGCUGCCAGCCACUGGUCUGGUGGCCCGUGGGGCGAGUGCGGCCUGGAGCCUGCCCUUCCAGAGACGAGGGCUCCGGCAUCCUGGAGACUUGGCCAGCUCGGGGGGCCUGGUCAGACCCGCAGCCGUGCCGUCCACCCUGGAUGUCUGUGCCUGUGAUUGUUGAUGUCCGCAGCUGGGGCUUCUUGUCGUUUCUACCGUCCUCUGGUUCAGAAUAUGGUGGUAAGUUCCACCCUUGAGUUGUUUUUUUUUAAAUUAACAAAAACUCAGUUGUGUGUAUGUGUGUGUGUCUGAGUGUGUGUGAUUUUCAAAGUAGCACAUGCUUAUUUGAAGAAAACAAUAACAUGACUUAGAACUUGACAGCCCUGGCUGCUGAUUUUGGGGUUCUCUAAAAGCAGUUCUUUAGAAGGGAUCCCUCAUAGGAAAGAUAGAUGGGAAAGUAGGUGACACGAUUCUUGGAUUCUGGGGUUUUAGUUUGUAAACAAAGGUCAGUUCCGUGCUGAAGUGGUGGCCCUUCUAGAGCGUGGCCUGGGAUGGAGAGAGGGCAGGAGGACAGUCAAGCUGGCCCUGCAGGUGCCGUGAGUGUUUGCAAAGUCAGUCUGGAGGAGGCCUGCGGGGCGGGGUGCGGCCUGGGCUGGAACCCCUGGGACCAGUGGCUGCUUCCCUGCGGCACGGGGGGAUUUGAGCCCGAGGCGGGAGCACCCACUCGUGCAGGCCCAGGUUCAUGUGCUUGUGCCGGAGGGUGUUGUGUUUUUAUUUUCAUUGUCUAGUUGGGAGUUUUAUCCCUCAGGUUUGGACACGGCAAUACAGUGGUCCAGGCAGCAGGCUUUGGUAGUAGAGCUCUGGGUCGGAACCCUGAGGGCCCGCGGGCCAGCCGUGGUACUUCGUGGGGGAUACUCGACCUCAGCCUGCUGACGUCUUCAGAAUGCUGGUGUCUGUUCCAUGGGGUGCCUGCGUGGUGGGUGCGUGAGGACGGUCUGUACGUGGAGGGGCAGAACCCCAUCUUUGGCUAAAUUGUAAACUCUGAGAAGGCAGGGACCAAGAUUGUAUUCCUCAGUCACAUUGGGACGACGAAGAAACUAAAUGUUGAAAUCCGCAGCCGUCUCACCCGUCCCGCCUGCAGGCAGGUUCCCUCCACAGCACUUUCCAGCCCGGUGAGCCGUUGUCAGGGCGCCCCAGCGGGCCGGCUCCGGUCUUCCGUUAGCCCCAUGCCUGGCAGUUCUUCAGAAACCCCCAGGUAGCUGCUUUUAGAGUUGGACAAACCGUUUGCACGUGUAGAAAACGACUUUCAGUCACCACCAUGUAGGUAACCCAGGUCCCUGCCGUGAUGCUGUGUUGUCUGGUGUUUUUCUAAAUUCUGUGUGUCUUAUAAAAUUGGUGUCCUGCCGUAUGUGUGGUUUUUUAAUCCAGCUCUUUUCACUUCACUUGUGAACUUCUGUAUCAUUAAAUAUUUUUGAGAACAUGCA